AUGACUGUCGCUCGCAACACUGUCACUAAGAAGGCUGUCAGCAUUGGGGUGGAAUACCGCGCCUCGUGCCACCGGGCGAUGGCUCUGGGGCAUCUACCAGGGGCGCACAAGGAUCCUCAAAUGCUAUCGAGCAUUCUGCAAAGCAGAUUCGGCUAUAAGGAGGAGAAUAUCAAGAUACUCUCAGAUGACAAAAACCAUAACCAUGAUUAUCCUUCGGCGCAUAAUAUCUAUGUUGUUCAUAUACCGAGCAACUACAUCAUCCAGAGAGAUGCCAUGAAUUGGUUAGUCGACAACGCUGGACCUGAAGAUCACCUGGUCUUCCACUUCAUAUUUCCAGUUGACUAUGCGCUUGACCACGAAGGGGCAAUGACCAACUACAUUACCGACGAUGAGAUUCAUCAACUGGUCGAGAAAGUCCCGAAAGACACUCACUUCAUUAUGAUCUUCGAUUGUUGUCACUCUGGCCAUAUCGCAGAACUGCAUCACGAGCUGCACUCAGACGUCCACCUUCAUUCCCUCAUAUUGCCGCAGAAGUCGUCGGGACAGGGGGGAGAAACCAGUUUUAUUGCUCGUAAUGCCACUUUGGAGCCCAAGGUAGUGAAGUUGGAACCACAUCACUUUCCAAACGUGGAAUGCUGGGAGGCGUGUCGGGCGGACCAGCUGGCACUUGGUGACAAAAAUGGAGGGCUGUUCAUGAGGGCGUUCACACAAGCUAUCCGUAAGUCUCUUCGGAUUGUUACAGAUAUGAAAUUAGCGCGCAUUAUCUCCCCCGAGUGGUUCAAUCUAGGCACAUGUGGUACCUCCCCCGCGCGCUGGCUCUAA